AUGCAAUUAGAAAAAUUUAAUCUUGAUGAACCACAGGGUAUGACAAAAACAUAUCUCGCUGAUAGAAGCAUCACUUGCAAUGAUGGUUCACCAUCCGGAUUUUACAUAAGACAUUCUCAGCAAGGGAUGAGUAAAAAAUGGAUUGUAUUUUUAGAAGGGGGUUGGUAUUGUUACGAUCAUAAAAGCUGUCACACACGUUGGAUGGAUAUGAGAACUUUUAUGUCAUCGAAAUUAUGGCCUCCGAUGAAAAUGGUGGGUGGCAUACUUUCGGGAAAUUCGGAAGAAAAUCCAUUUUGGUGGAACGCAAAUCACGUAUUCGUUCCUUAUUGCACCAGUGAUUGUUGGAGUGGAACCCGAGCGCGGGCGUUCGGGGGUUCACGAUUUAGUUUUAUGGGAGCAUUAGUCGUGCGACAGGUCAUACUUGACCUAUUACCUCUCGGUCUCGAAAAUGCUACCUCAUUGAUUCUAACUGGAAGUAGCGCGGGAGGAAUUGGAGUUUUAUUAAAUCUCAAUUCCGUUAAAUCUCUUCUUCACGACGAACUUCGUCUGCACCACAUAGCGGUCAAAGGUAUUUCCGAUAGCGGAUGGUUUUUAGAUCGAGAACCCUAUUUAAAAAAUCAACAAACUGUCACGCCGGUUGAUGCUGUUAGAAGAGGUAUAGCUCUUUGGCAGGGAAAAGUUCCGACAUUGUGUGCCGCUCAAUAUCCUAACGAGCCGUGGAGGUGUUAUUUCGGUUAUAGGAUUUAUCCUUUUCUAACAGCUCCUUUGUUUGUGUUUCAAUGGCUUUUUGAUGAGGCUCAAAUGGCAGCUGAUAAAGUUGGUGCACCGGUAACAAAACAUCAAUGGGACUACAUACAUAAAAUGGGAGAUAGUUUACGACAUACUUUUCAAAAUGUUUCAGCUGUUUUUGCUCCAUCUUGUAUUUCUCAUUCCGUAUUAACAAACAAAGAUUGGGAAAUGAUUAAAAUCGAUGAAAUAAGCUUUCCACAAGCAAUCAAAUGUUGGGAACUUAAUUUACAACAAACAAGACCAAUGCAAAAUCAUUACACAAUCACAAACGAAAACACUGGAACGUCAAUGUUGGCCGAUGCACCUCUCGAUAAUUUAUUAAAAACCCAAAGGAAAUCGAUACAGUUAAACAUAUACAGAACGGUGGAAGAAGAAACAAAUAAUACGUCACACGACGAAAGAAAAAGAAGAAGAAAAAAACAUAAAAAUAAACAAAGAACGGAUAAACAAAACAGAGGAAGAAGGAAAAAAAGAUUGGGAAGAAAAAAUAAAAAUCGUCCAAUGAGAUCAUCCCCCAUAAUUGGUACGGUGAGCAUAAAUACUUCCGGUACAUCCGGAAAUAAUCAAAAAAAAUGUCAACAACAUUUAAUUGAAAGAUGCACGUGGCCCCAAUGUAAUUAUUCAUGUCCGAAACUUCAUAAUCCUUUCACAGGUGAGGAAAUGGAUUUUAUAGAUUUAUUAAAAUCAUUCGGUAUGGAUAUGGCAAGUGUGGCAAAUGCUUUAGGCAUAGAUAUUCACACUUUAAAUAAUAUGAGUCACACGGAAUUGUUAAAUUUAUUGACUCAACAGUCUAAUAGGUAG